AUGGAUCAACAGCGAAUAUACAACCUGCAAGAACUCUUGUAUCAAGUGACCCAGGCAGCAGCAUCACAACCACAACUUCACACCGAAAAGCGUGGUGAUUCCUUGAACAAGGCAGAGAGAAAGGCAGUCAACCGUUACUACCCUCCUGACUGGAACCCCAGUAAGGGGUCAAUCAAUAAGUAUGUUGGUUCUCACCCCCUGCGAGAACGAGCCCGUAAACUCAGUCAAGGUAUACUUGUUAUCAGGUUUGAGUUGCCAUAUAAUAUUUGGUGUGGUGGCUGUAACAGUCAUAUUGGAAUGGGCGUACGUUACAAUGCGGAGAAGAAAAAGACUGGCAACUAUUACAGCACUCCCAUAUAUACAUUUCGCAUGAAGUGUCACUUAUGUGACAACUAUUUUGAGAUCCAGACUGAUCCAAAGAAUCAUGAUUAUGUGAUAUUAAGUGGAGCAAGACGUAAAGAACAGAGGUGGGACCCAAAAGAAAAUGAACAAAUUGUUCCUGAAGAUAAAGACACUCAGAAAAAGCUGGUGAAAGAUGCCAUGUAUAAAUUGGAACAUGGUUCUGAUGAUAAACAAAAACUGGUAACUGGGCUUCCAAGUCUUGCUGAACUGGAAGAAAAACAGGAAGUGUACAGAGAUGAUUUCAUCCUAAAUUCCUUGGCUCGCAGCAAGUUUCGGGAACAUAAAAAAUCUGAACAAGCUUCUCUUGAAGCUGACCAAGAAAUCCAGAAACGAUCCUCGCUGUCAAUUCCUCUUGUUAAAGAGCAUGAAGAUGAUGUUCGACUGGCUGGUUUGUUACAUUAUGAAACAACAAAAGAUUCCAGUAUUUCUCAAAAGGAGAAAAGAAAUCAAAUAUCAGCUGCUCUGUCAAGUUGUGACAAACUCUCUUCCCAUUUAUUGACUCCUUCUCGUGAUAAGAAAUUAGAUAUGGCUAAAAGAUGCAUUGCUGAAUCUCUUCUUAAAAGCAAGAAGAGUGUCUUCGAUGAUCUGCACUUAUCAUCAAGUACCAAAUCACCAUCUUCCACCAACACCACCACCACCACCACCACCAUACACACACCCAGUUCAAUUACAGCAAAGUGUCAAAUUCUGGGAGUCAAACUACCCAAAGGGACUGAAAAAAGUGGUAAAGACAAAUUCAUGAGUUCAAUUAUUCCUGCAAGUUCAGAUUCAGAUCCAAAAUCAGAUUUGUUAAGUUCUUCAAACACUGUAUCUUCAGGUCUGGAUUAUUUGCAAGCUUAUUCUGACAGCAGUGAUGAAGACUCAGAUGAUGAUUCUAAGUGAUUGGACUUUAAUUAUUCUUAAGCUUUCUGUGAUUUGGACUGAUAUAAUACUUUACUCAUUACAUAGUAAUGAGUGAUUCUUAGUUGAAACAGCUGUAAGAUUAUGAUAUAUAUAUAUGCAUGUGUGUGUAUAUAUGUGCAUGUGUGAAUAUAUAUAUGUGCAUGUGUGAAUAUAUAUAUGUAUGUA